AUGGGCGAUUCGCCAGUUUCUGUUGGUUCCAAUCGGGACGCUCAAGAAAACGAUGAUGUUGAAAUGAAGUUUUCCCUUUCCAAUGGUAGUUUUCGGACUUCUUUUCGCUUUUUCAAAUCAUAUUUUGAGGAAAACUCAUCGAGGUCCUAGAGACGAUCGACUACCUGAGAAAGACGAAGAAUCCGUUCGAUAAAAAGAAAAAGAUCGAUACGCUCUUCGAGAAAAGUUUGAUUCGACACAAGGUUUUAUCAAGGUUUUUUUUUCCAUUUUUGAAAUAUUUUUUUAGGACACAUGGAAGGAUACGGAUUUUCUGAUCCUUGUCUACGGGGAGAAUGAGACUUUGUUUCCAUAUGCACAAUGUCGAAAGUGCGGAUAUUACAUUGGUUCCGGCUGUGGCGGACAUAAAUCGUGCGGUUUUAAAUGAGAUAUUGAUUGAAACUUUUUGGGAAAAAAAGUAACUUUGAGUAGGAAAGAGAAAAAAAUAAUUGAUUUAUUGAACUUUAACCCCGAGAAUUGCUUUUUUUCUGAAUUUUUUUGAAGUUAUAACUUUCAUGCUACUCAUAUUUUUCAUAGCUUAUAAUUCUGAGACUUCAUUAUCUUUCUCAGACGCCACAAGGCCCAAUGCGAAGCGUACCAAAUGAACCACCGCAAGAGGGUCAAGGAAUUCGAUCCCGAAGUUGAAUUUCGCGCCUUUUGUCAGUUUCAUUAUUGUAACACGGAAAUUUGCUUGAUUUUUCAGUACCCUCCGACGUUCCUGGCGAUUUUGCGAGCACCUCUUUUGAUCACUAUGAUCCAACGACCUAUGGGACGACGACUUUGGAAACUAUUUUGAAGGAAACCGAUCAGAAUCGGUUCGUGCGACUUUAUUGGCUAACAUGA